AUGGAGAAAACCCCUGAUGAGAUUUACAAUCUUUAUGAGAAUUUAAGUGAAAAUUCUAGAGAUCAAGCCUCUUUUGAAUUAUAUGACAUGGAUAAGAAGAGAGGAGUUUAUGAAUUGCAUCAUGAUGAUGAUUCUAAACUUAGAAAUGAGGUUAAUCAGAUUAAUCAAAUAUUAGAAAAAAUUAAUUUACUUAUUGACAAUAUUAGAAAGCCUUUUAACCCUCAACUUAAUUCAAAUAGUACAUGUCCUAUGUAUAGUGAAAAUGAUUAUUAUGAAUUUCAAUGUUAUAAUUUAGAUCAAUCAUUUCACCCUAUGCAAGAACAAGUGCAAGUAGCUCACGGUUUUAAUAGAAAUAAGGAACCUUUUUCAAAUUCUUAUAAUCCUAAUUGGAGGAAUAAUUUUUCAUAGAGAGACCCAAAUAAUAUUCAAACUCCAGAAGCACUUGGACCCAAUUCAAACUCUGAAUUUCAUCCAAAAUAAGAAAACAGAUUUCAGAAAAAUCGGUCCUCUCAAAUUCAACCUGAUGCUAUGGAAAUGAUGCAGCAAAUGAGCCAAAUGACGCAACAAACUAUGAAUCAAAUGAUGCUGCACCAGAAACAAAUUAUAGAGGCUCUUGGGAAUAAGAGAGAAGAGAGACAGCUACCUAGUCAGCCCAUAGAAAAUCCAGGGAACCGCCCAACAAUAGGAUUUCAGCAAAGGGAGUCUAGUAGCAUGAAUCUAGAAAAAAACCCAUGAAAUGAAAAUGUUAGGAUAGUGAAUGCAUUAAGGAGUGGUAAGAUCUUACCUGAUCCUUAUCCCCAAACAUUAGAAGAAAAAAAAAACCUGGACAACCCAAAACAAAAUCAAAUAGGAGUAGAAGAGGAUUUUAUAGAUUCUACCAAGGAAAUUUCGAAAGAGAGGACGACCAUUCCAUUUCCUAAAGCUUUAGAGCCUAGACAAAGAAAGAAAAAGGAACACAAUGAAGAAAUAAAGAAAAUUUUACAAGAUGUGCAAAUUAAUCUUCCUUUACUCACUGCCAUUGAACAUAUUCUUGAAUAUGCUAGAGUUUUGAAAGAAAUGUGUACACCAAAAAUGGCACCUAGAGUAGAAAAAUUAUCUAUGCAUGCUAGUGCAUUAUUAUUAAAUCAAUUACCAUACAAAUUGAGAGAUACAGGUGCCCCUUUAAUUUUGUGUGAUAUUGGUGGAUCCAUUUUUCAAAAUGCAUUACUUGACACUAGUGCUAGUAUUAAUUUAUUAACUGUAAGUAUUUGUGAUAAAUUUAAUAUUUCUGAUCUUAAACUUUCUACUGUUACCUUACAAUUUGCUUAUGGAUCCAUGAAACAUCCUAGAGGUAUUUUAGAAAAUGUGAUAGUGACAGUUAAAGGGUGUAAAUUUCCAACUGAUUUUGUAGUGCUGGAAAUGGAUUUUAAUGGACAGUUUUAUGAUACACCAAUCAUCCUAGGGAGACCAUUUUUGCAUACAGCAAAGAUGAAUAUUGAUUUUUCCACAAGUAUUACGAAAAUUUCAUGUGGAGAUCAAUCAGUAGAAAUUAAAAUUUUUGAGGUAUCAAAUGAUCUUAAGAAAUCCCAAGUAUAUGAUUGUCAUAUCAUAGAUCUUCUAGAUGAUUUUGAUGAUCCAGAUGUUAUUGAUAACUGUGUGCUGGAAGAAUUAGAGGAAAUAGAGAAUAUAAAUUUGGAAGAAAAGAAAGAGGAAGAUCAUCUGAAUUUAGAGUUGAAACCUCUUCCCUCUAGUUUAAAAUAUAUGUUUUUGGAGGAAAAUAAUUCAUUUCCUAUUAUUAUUGCAGCUGAUUUGAGUGAUGAACAGGAAGAAGAAUUAUUAGAUGUACUUUGAAAAAAUAAGAAGGCUAUAGGCUGGAAAAUGAAUGAUCUAAGAGGCAUUGAUAUGAAUGUAUGCAUGCAUAGUAUAUAUCUAGAGGAGGGGGCUAGAACUAGCAUGGAACCACAACGAAGAUUAAAUCUUAACAUGAUGGAAAUUGUAAAAAAAGAAUUUUUAAAGUGGUUGGCUGUUGAUAUUAUUUAUCCUAUUUCAGAUAGCAAAUGGGUUAGUCCUACACAAGUGGUGCCAAAAAAAUCAGGGAUCACGGUUAUAAAAAACAAAAAUGGAGAUGAAAUACAAACAAGAUUAACUACCGGUUGGAGGGUUUGCAUUGAUUAUAGAAAAUUAAAUUCAGUUACUAGAAAAGAUCAUUUUCCCCUACCAUUUACUGAUCAAAUUCUAGAAAAAUUAGCUGGAAAAAACUUUUUUUGUUUUCUGAAUGGAUACUCUGGUUAUAAUCAAAUUUAUAUAAACCCUUUAGAUCAAGAAAAAACAACUUUCACUUGUCCAUUUGAUACUUUUGCUUUUAAACGCAUGCCUUUUGGUCUAUGUAAUGCUCCAGCCACAUUUCAAAGAUGUAUGCUGUCUAUUUUUUCUGAUAUGAUUGGAAAAUGCAUGGAAAUUUUUAUGGACGAUUUUUCUAUUUUUGGUGAAUCAUUUGAUGAAUGCUUAAAUCAUUUACAGCAUGUACUUGAGAAAUGCAUAGAGAAAAAAUUAGUUUUGAGUUGGGAGAAAUCACAUUUUAUGGUUAGAGAGGGAGUUGUGUUGGGUCAUAUUGUGAGUGAAAGGGGUUUAGAGGUGGAUAGAGCAAAAAUUGAUAUUAUAUGUAAAAUGAAACCUCCAAAUUCAGUAAAACAGAUUAGAUCUUUCUUGGGCCAUGUAGGUUAUUACAGAAAAUUUAUUCAAGAUUUUUCGAAAAUUUCUAAACCUCUCACCAUGCUAUUAUCUAAAAAUGUGCCUUUUAAUUUUGAUGAGAAAUGUUUUGAGUCUUUUUCUGAAAUAAAAAGAUUACUUACUGAGGCACCCAUUUUACAAGCUCCUGAUUGGUCCCUUCCCUUUGAAAUAAUGUGUGAUGCAUCGAAUUAUGCAAUGGGGGCCGUUCUAGGACAAACAAAAGAGUCAAAACCCAUAGUAAUUUCAUAUGCUAGUAAAACUAUAUCCGAUGCUCAAUUAAAUUAUACCAAGACUGAAAAAGAGUUGUUAGCUAUAGUAUUUUCGUUAGAAAGGUUUAGAUCAUAUAUUUUGAGAGCUAAAAUUAUUAUUUAUACUGAUCAUGCAGCAUUAAAAUAUCUAUUAAAUAAGAAAGAUGCAAAGCCACGUUUAUUAAGAUAGAUUUUAUUGUUGCAGGAAUUUGACUUAGAAAUAAAAGAUUAAAAAGGUUUCGAGAAUGCUGUUGCUGACCAUCUUUCUAGAUUAAGUGAUACAGGAAUAAAUGCAGCACCUUUAUAAGAUGCAUUUCUAGAUGAACAAUUGAUGGCAGCUCAACAUCAACCAUCACCAUGGUAUGCACAUAUUGUUAAUUUUCUGGUUUCUGGAAAAACUCUAGAAUAGUGGGACAAGAACAGAAAACAUCAUUUCUUUUCUAAGAUUAGAAAUUAUUUUUGACAUGAUCCUGAUUUAUAUUACUUGGGCAAUGACCAAAUUUUAAGGAGAUGUGUUCCUAAAGAAGAAUACCAUAGCAUUAUUAACAUGUGCCAUUCAUCUAACUGUGGAGGACAUUUCUCUAGACGAAAAAUAGCUGCAAAAUUUUUUCAGUGUAGUUUUUAUUGGCCUACAAUCAUUAGAGAUUCUAUAGAAUUUAGUAGAACAUGUAUUUCAUGCCAAUCUAUAAGUAACAUGAGUAAAAAAGAUGAAAUGCCCAUGAGUAACAUGUUAGUAGUCGAAAUUUUUGAUGUAUGGGGAAUAGAUUUCAUGGGUCCCUUCCCAUCAGUUGAAAAAUAUGAAUAUAUUUUGCUUGUUGUUGAUUAUGUGUCGAAGUGGGUGGAAGCUAUUCCUACUAGAACUAAUGAUCAUAAAAUCGUGAUGAAAUUUGUGCAGAAAAAUAUUUUUUCGAGAUUUGGAUGUCCUAGAGUGAUUAUUAGUGAUGCAAGAACAUAUUUUACAAAUAAACAUUUUAGGGAAUUGUUGAAAAAGAAUGGAAUACACCAUAUAGUAGCCACUCCAUAUCAUCCCCAAACAAAUGGGCAAGCUGAAGUAGCAAAUAGGGAAAUUCAGAGAAUUUUGAGAAAAAUAGUUAAACCAGAUAGGAAAGAUUGGCCCACGAAAUUAUAAGAUGCAUUAUGGGCUUAUAGAACAACUUAUAAAAAUCCCAUAGGUAUGUCUCCAUUUCGUCUCAUUUUUGGAAAGCCAUGUCAUCUUCCUGUGGAAAUAGAGCAUAAAGCAUUAUGGGCUAUAAAAAAUUUAUGUAUGGAUGAAAAAUCAGCUAGUGGGCAUAGAAUUUUUCAACUAUAUGAACUAGAGGAGUUGAGGAAUGAAGCUUAUAAAAAUCAUAGAAUAUAUAAAGAAAAAACUAAAACUUUUCAUGAUAAAUACAUUAGCAGAAAAAAAUUUGAUGUCGGACAAAAAGUGUGGUUAUAUGAUUCUAGGAUGAAAUUAUUCCUAGGAAAAUUAAAAUCAAAAUGAAAAGGGCCUUAUGUGGUGGAAGAGACAUAUGAUCAUGGGGCUGUAAUGAUUAAAGAUCCUAAAAGUGAUCAUAACUUUAAGGUAAAUAGACAGUGGCUUAAACAUUACAUAGAACAUGAACGCCUUGUAGAAAAAGAAAUUUUAUUAUUAAAAGAAAUUCAAGAGUAAGAUCAAGGAGUCCAGCUGGAGACAUUAAAUUCAGCGCUGCAUGGGAGGCAACCCAUGGUUUUUAUUUCAUUCUAUUUGAUUUUUUUAAGCUCUAUUUUUCUUAGAAUUUCAUAAUAUUUGUUUCUGUAAGAUGAAGUGAAAAAUUAAAAACGAGGUUGAGGUGAUGUCUUGUUGAGCUUUAUCAUUUAUGAUAACAUUUUUAAUGCUUAACUUUGCAUAUAUGCAUGCUUCACUUGAAAAUUAUAUUUUCUGCAUAUUCUGUUUCGAUUUUUCUGUGUCAUUGAGGACAAUGUCAUUUUUAAGUUGGGUGGUGAAGUAUUCAUUAUUAAUUUAUGCUGUAGGACGAUUAAGAACAUGUGUUUGUAAUAGAACAACAACUAAAAAAAUAAAAAAUAAAAUAAAUUUCAGAAAAAUUGCAACAUCUAUUUUCUAGUUUUCUGUCAAGAACAACAGACUGUCAAAAAUAGUAGACAAAAAAUAGCCCAAAAUUUGAAAUUCUAGAGACCCUUUUCUCACAUUUCAAUCCCCUAGACAUAUAUUACUGAAAUUCGAAAUUACAGCUAUAAAGAGGAUAGUUUUGAUUUAUUUAUGACAAAUUUAUUGUUGCAAAAAAUAGAACUGAAAACAGAAAAAGGAACUAUCAGAACUAUUUAAUUUACAAAUUUCUUACAUCAUAUUGCAUGCAUGAAAAAUUAAAUCAAUUAGAUUGAUUGAUACCAAAAAAUACUAGGAAGAUUAUUAUUGAGUCAAAAGAAUGAUCUAAUAGCAUGAAAUGUUGGAAUACUCCUUGGAUACAUGAUAGAUAGCAUGGAUUUGAUUUUACAGAUUCUCACUUCAUGAUCUUGAUGGAUAGUAUUUACUUGAUGUGAAAAUUUGAGUGAUCAUUUGAGUUUAAUAGAGAUUUUUGCACCCUUAUCUAUAGGACUUGUGAGGAGAAAUCACUUAUUUCGAAAAAAAGAAAGAGAGCAAUGUGAAAAGUCUAGAAACGAAGAGUACACAUGGAGGGUGUGAGACAUCAUUCUCAUUGUCGAAAAUCGUAUAUAGAAAAACACUUGUUGCAAAAUAAGUGGAUAAAGUGAAAGCCCUGAAAAUGAAGAGUACACAUGGAGGGUGUGAGACAUCAUUCUUAUUAUCAAAAUUUGUCUAUAGGAAAAGCUACUUAUCCACUAUAUAUAUAAAAAAAAAAAUAAGGAAGAAAUAUAGUGCAAACUUCAAAAAUUAAGUCAAAGAAAAAGGGAAAUGUAGGAUCAAUAUUAUUCUUGGAUGAGUAUUGAUAAUUAGAACAUCUUGUAAAUACAUCUAUGAGUGAAGAAGUGAUAACGAUGUGAAUAGAAGAAGUGAAGUCUAGAUUGUUAUUCCAAGGAGUGUUUAAACAUUUAAGUGCCUGACAUCAUUCUUAAAUACUUGAUAUAAGAAUCUAAAGUGUCUAAAGGUGCAUCAUUUCUAAUUGUAUUUUUUUUUCUGUAUUGAAAUAUGAUAUUUGAGAUUUGUAAAUUUUUAUUUUCGUAAUUUCAUUGCUAAGGAACUAGCAAUGAUUUAAGUUGGGGGGUGUGAUAAGUCUUCAUUAUCAUGAGUUAAUAAUUAGUAAAUAAUAUAGUUUUAGCCUUAACUCAUGAUAAAUAGACUUAUAUUUGUGUUAAAGUGUAAAAAGUGGUUUUCAGUUAAUUAACGUGAAUUUUUGGGUAAUUAUGUGAUUUUAUAGGAUUUUUAUAGUCUUACUUUUGAGAUAAAUGAAGAACAAGAAAUAAAAAUAAAAAUAUUGCAAAAUGGGGGGACUUGCCGGCCAGCCGAGCCUGCAAGCGGGUCGGAAGUGCAGUCGGGGAGUAGCUGCGAGCAAGGGCUCGAGCGGCUUGAACUGAUGGGGGCACGUGUGUGCCACUCCCCUUCCACGUCACCGGUGGCCAGCCGACUGUGGGGCAAGGAGUGGUCGUACACGCGUGAGAAAGAGACUUUGCUUAGAAAUGUAACAUUACUAUAUAUUCGCCAGAACAUUUGGCGCAUAACUGAUGUGGGACUAAACCUAUCACCUUCCUCAGAAGAGGCGGGGGCAACCGACACGGGUUCGAAUCCUCCCAGAGCCAAAACUCAUAUUUUUAUCUGAUUAUCGCGACUUUCCUGCAGAUCGCCAGUGAAGGAUUAAGCAACCAGAAUCGCUGGAUCAUCGGCAAAAAUCUCGUCAACGCGAUUCGCGGAGCAUUGUUACUCAAAUUGCUGAAAGAUUCGCGAUAAAAGGAUCGCGAAUCCCUCGAGUAAAUCAUCUCCGAUUGAUCAACGAACAAGCUGUCGUCGGGAAAAGGAUGAUCCGUUAG